CAUUGUUAUGUUAUAAAUCCAGAUUUACAAUUUGGAAUAUUAGCUAGUACUACGAUUUAUCCAGAAUAAGAAAUCUGAGAGAGCUGCAAUAUGAAUUCAUCAGCCAAUAAGGGUACACAGGAUGUGAAUGCACAAAACCGAACAGAAAGAAGGGUGGAGAGUCUGGAUUAUCAAUCGUCGGUGGGGCAAAUGCAAGAACAAAGGCCUGUGGAAGUAAUUCACCAGCCACAUAUUAGCAGCACCCCCGUCUCAAACACUAGUGGUGGUGUAUUAGCUAAUGCUGCUGCAUCUGUGGCAUCCACCCUUGAGUCUGCCAAGAGAGCUAUUUCACGAAAAUAGCUACAUAAUAUGUUGUGUGAAUAAUUUCUUUAUUUCUAGGCGAACCCUCCAAAGGGAACAUAGCAUGUGUUCUAACCUACUGGUAUGAUGUAUCAGUUAAUUGUUCGUCUUGACGAUUCAUCUACUAGUAAUAUUGUCUAGUACACUCUGUCUGUUGUAGUAAAUAUUUGGCUAAAUUUUGAAUA